AUGUUGCGUAAUCUCACCUCAUUUGGCCGCUGUGCCAACAUUGCACGGCCUUUGGCUAUCUCUGCAGUAUCUCGACCCGUCAUUUUCGCACGAUACGCCAGCAACGAAGCGAUUCGCCACAACCGAGGUUUCCGAGGCGGCGCUGCUGCUGCUGCUGUUGAGCCUGUUGACGAUUUGUAUGAUAUUCGCGAAAAGCCGGAAUCGCUCUCUUAUUUCACUGGCAACUACAAGUACAAUGACCUUCUUAUUGAUCUGGCCGAAUUGCAUAAGCGCUAUGCCGAUUGGGAGGGUGAUGAGAACGUCGACCAAACAGUUGAAACGUCAGCGUGGAAGUUACGAGAGAAGAUGGAACAAAUGUUGGCUAUUCCCUUGAAGACGUCUCAGUGGCGAAAGAUUGUUCAUCACCUCAACGCUCUUGCAUCUUUACCAAAGCCAUUGCCAGAAGCCGUGGAACGUGCCCUGCAACCAUACAAACGAUAUGAUGUCAAUACUACCGGAGCUGGUGGUGAAUCCUCCAACGGUGUCAAGACCCUCGAUGAACUUGGACGUGCUUAUGCUGCCGGUAGAAGAAAGGAAUCCAGUGCCAGAUGUUGGGUGGUGGAAGGUGAUGGCCAAAUUUUGGUGAAUGGUGUGCCAUUGAACAACUAUUUCCAACGACCUAUCGAUCGUGAUCAGGUGACUCUCCCAUUGGAAGCAACACAAAGCGUCGAAAAAUACAAUGUUUGGACCAUUGUCAAUGGUGGCGGUAGCACAGGUCAAGCUGAAGCUAUCAAAUUGGGUAUUGGCCGUGCUCUUUUGAUUCACGAUCCUGAACUCAAGCCUCUUUUACGUCAAGCUGGUUGUAUCACCCGUGAUCCAAGAGUUGUUGAACGUAAGAAGGAAGGUCAACGUAAAGCCCGUGCAAGAUAUACCUGGGUCAAACGUUAA